GGCGGAGUUACGCGAAGAGGGCGGGGUUUGAGAAACUUCAGACACGCGCUGAGACUUUAGCAUCACUCGAAGAGAAAGAAGUGAAUUAAAGACACCAUGAAACUCUGUUACGUGAUUCUGCUGUCAGCGGUCGGUUUGGUUCUGUCGCAGCCUCAGAACUAUGAGGAUUAUACAUAUGGGUUGGGUAACAACAAUAAUUAUGAUUACUAUCCACCGGUGUCACAGCAAAGAAUACAAACACAAACCUCAGGGCCUGGACAAUUUGUGGUGGAGUUUCAGACCGAGCCGACUGAACCUGGACCUCUGGACUGUCGUGAAGAACAAUAUCCCUGCACUCGUCUUUAUUCUGUCCAUCAGCCGUGUAAACAAUGUCUCAACAGCAUCUGCUUCUACAGUCUUCGGAGGGUUUAUGUGAUUAAUAAAGAGAUUUGUGUCAGGACUGUUUGUGCCCACGAGGAGCUGCUCAGAGCGGAUCUGUGCCGGGAUCAGUUUUCUCGCUGUGGUGUAGUUGCACUCAGUGGUCAGUGUGGAUCGAUGGGUGGGAACUGUGCCAAGAGCUGUGGAUCCUGUUAAACACACAAAGACACACAUAUACACACACUAGCCCUGGUACUGCCUAUCAGAUGCUAACAAACAUACUUUACACAAACAUGCAGAUCUUGUUUACAACACUAAUGCUCACUACAGCAGCUAAGCACAUCACAUUAUGAUGAAUUACAUUCUCAGUAUUUGUUUACAUGUUUGUGUGAAGUAUAUUCAACCCGUAUCCGUUUCCUCCCACCCCUCUCUCUUUCUCUUAUAUUUUUUCAGUAGCAUCUGAUAUUUUUGGGCUCAUAUAAACAGAUCAUAUUUACUGUAAUGAUCAUUUUCAGUAUUUUGGCCUUUGUGUUGUCACUGGUGCUAUUGCCUUUUGUACACUGGCGCAGGACCAAACAUUACUGUCAUCAUUUAGUGCUGUUGUUGUCAUUUAUUGUUUGUUUGUCUCGGGUGAAUUAAACACUGAACCCUCACACGUGACCUGUAGCAUCACCUGAAGAACACCAGAAAGAGAACGCUACCGAACGCAGACAGAUCUGCGCAGACGACUCCUGCAGACCUGCGCAGACGACGCAUUCUGGGUUCAACUGUCAUAUUUUAAAUAUCAUGUAUUAUUGUAAUAUUCACAAACUUUUUAAUUAUUUUUGCAAGUUUAAAAUAAAACAUUUUGUAUUUUAAA